AUGUCGCAGAUCUACACUCUUCCAACGAAAGAAGAAAUGGCCAGUCUCCGGCAGGAAAUUCGCCACAUGGAGGUGGCUUUAGACGCGCUUCGUGAAUCUAUCAUCAACGCUCAGAAACUCGCCGAUGAUAUGCAAAAAGAUAUAUAUCGAAAACAGGCCAGAAUUGCUCCUAUUCGAAAGGGUUCCAUGGAAGUCCUUUCUCUAGUCUUUAUUGCAUGCAGCCAAGGGCAGUGGAAUGCACCUCAGGUAAUUGGUGCUGUGUGUCGCUUGUGGAGAAACGUCCUCUUUUCCACCCCUCGUGCCUGGGCAUACGUUCGCCUUGACGGUCUCGGUGUUACUCAAAGACAGCGUUGGAUGAAAAGAAGUGGCGUAGUUGGCGUACAUGCGCUGACCAAUGGUUGGAUCUCAUCACCAGUCGUCGGCGCGGAUCGCAUCCGUUGUGACCUACUCACGACAUUAUCUGUCAGUUCCGAUGAACAAAGUUGGUUAGGUUUACUGGACGGAUACUUUCCUCAGCUCAAAACUCUCAAGCUUGCAAGUCAAGGGGCAUACACUGGCCCUCAGCCUCUAGAUCGCGCCUUGUACAGGAACCUCCUAGAUCGCGACUUCUUUCCAUCGUUGAAAGAGUUGCAUCUCAUUGAGCUUAGUCUCUCUGGCGCUUUUCUAUUCAAAGGAAAGGAACUUCCUUCUCUCGAGGAACUCGUCUUUGCUAGGCCAAAAGGCAAUGCAUGGAUACAAAUAAUGGAAGAUGCAGCCCCCUCUCUAGCCUCGGUUGGACUUUGGCUUGGUCCACAAAACUCUCUCAAGGGGGACGACAAGCCACCUAAGGAUCCCCUUUUAUAG